UGGCAGGGGCAGGGCCAGGAGUGCCCAGACGCGCUCAGGAGGGACAGGGGACAGCAGCAUGAACCCGGCAUCGCCCCCUCCUGCAGCCCCCAGCCCGGCCGUGCCAUAGCCCAUCCCAUCGCACGGCCAUGGAGGAGUUUGUGCGGAAGCGGUUGACUUUCCUGACCUCCUUCUGGAACAAGCUCCGUCCCCGCUCCGUGACCGAGAGCUGCUCCCUGGGCUACCUGGGUUCUGACUCCGUUUCGCUGCACUCCGAGCCCAGCUCUGUUUCCUUCCUCCCCAAGUCGUCCCUCUGCAUCGCUCUGUACUCCUUCAGAGCCCGGAGCCAGGAGGAGCUGAGCGUCAGCGCAGGGGACAAGCUGCGUGUGCUCAGAGAGGAAGGGGAGUACGUGUUAGCCCGGCGGCUGCUGGGGGAGCCGGCCAUGGGCUACCUGCCCGCUGCCUACGUGGCCAACCUCAGCCAGGGCACCUCCGCUCACCGGCCCUGGUACUUCAGCAAGAUCAGCCGAAACGAAGCGGAGCAGCUCCUGCUCUCACCUCCCAACCAGCACGGCUCCUUCCUCGUCCGGGACAGUGAGAGCAGCAAGGGCGAGUACUCUCUCUCAGUGCGCAAUCACACCAAGGUCAGCCACUUCCGAAUCUGCAAGAGCCCUGGGGGCAGCCUCUACAUCCAGAAGGGACACCUCUUCCCUGACAUGGAGGAGCUCCUCAGCUUCUACACCGAGCACUGGAAGGUCAUCCAGAGCCCCUUGCUGCAGCCCUGCAGCCCCGCGACCCCACCUGAGAGGGAUGGGUGGGAGAGACCACGCUGGGAGUUCAGCCUGAGGAGGAAGCUGGGAGAAGGCUACUUUGGAGAGGUGUGGGAAGGACUGUGGAGGAACACGGUGCCAGUGGCCAUCAAGAUCAUAAAAGCUGACAUGAAGGCAGAAGACUUCACCAAGGAGAUUCAGAACCUGAAGCGCCUGAGGCACGAGAAGCUGAUCCAGCUGCACGCCGUGUGCUCGCUGGAUGAGCCUGUGUACAUCAUCACUGAGCUGAUGCGCAAAGGCAACCUCCACAGCUACCUCAACAGUCCUGAAGGGAAGUCCCUGGGCACGUCCCACCUGCUCGACAUCGCCUGCCAAGUGGCAGAUGGCAUGAGGUACCUGGAGGAGAAGCACAUCGUCCACCGGGACCUGGCAGCCAGAAACAUCUUGGUGGGAGAGGAACUCACCUGUAAAAUCGCUGAUUUUGGACUUGCCCGACUCCUCAAGGAUGACAUUUACUCCACCAGCAGCAGCACUAAAAUCCCAGUGAAGUGGACAGCCCCAGAGGCAGCCAACUACCGCACCUACUCCCUCAAGUCCGACGUCUGGUCCUACGGGAUUCUGCUCUACGAAGUCUUCACAUACGGCCAGAUCCCGUAUGAAGGAAUGACGAACCAAGAGACCGUACGGCAAAUCACCAGGGGCUACCGCCUUCCCCGGCCCAGCUCCUGCCCCCCUGAGAUCUACAGCAUCAUGCUGGAGUGCUGGAAUGGCAACACAGAGGAGCGGCCCACCUUCCUGGCCCUGAGGGAGAAGUUGGGCUUCAUCUACAGACGGCUGCUCAGCUCCCUCUCCUGAGGGUCUCCUUCCCACCAUCCUUCCUGCACGAGCUCCUCCAGGCCAGCUCUUGCCAAGAAGCUCCUUCUUUCUGGUUUGUCCUCUGACAGGGUUCCAAGGAAAGCACAUAUUCCCCCUAAAAAACCCCAGUCUGUGGUUCCUUUGGGUCAGGAUGCAGGGAGGUGGCCAAGGGAAAAGGCACCGAGCUGCAGAGAGCUCAUUGCCAGUGCUUGGCUGUGAAGCAGCCAGGAGAAGCCCUGUGGUAGUGAAGGCAUCACCCAGAGUUUACAUCUUAGUGGUGUGGGAGGUCCCCAGCGCUCCCCACACCAAUGUGAAGGUUUGUAGUUUGUGUUCAAGUCGUGACUCAGCUUCAUUCGUGUGUGUCUGGUGUAUUUAUCAAUAAAUGUG